AUAUGCAGCAGAUUGAGUAGACAGCUCUUUAUUCAAAGUCUGUAGUCAGCCAAGAACAAGCAGCAAGCAAGUCUGCAUUGUUUGUAGCUUACAGUUUGGACGCUGUGGGAAAAAAGGAAGAUAAAUUCAGUUUGGAACAUAACUUUGCUUUGUGGAUGAUGCAGUAUUAAGCUUUUUAGUAACUUGACAAGGAUCCACCAGAAUAAGGUGUGUGAGGAGUGAGGUAUGUCCACGCUGCCCCAGCCCCUCUCCCACUGCCUGCUCAACCAGGUACACCCUGCCAUCAACCUGCCCCAGACAGGGCUAGUGACAGACAUCAAGCCCAUGAUCACUAACAAACCUCCCACGCAGGAGGUCAAACCAAACAUCAUAUCGACCGGCUUGCCCUACCCUCCACUUAACGUGCCUAGCCUACCCACCAUGCCCAACGUAUCACUGCCCAGUGUCUCCGUGCCCAACGUCUCCAUGCCCAACGUCUCCAUGCCCAACGUCUCCAUGCCCAAUGCGUCCAUGCCCAGUGUUACCAUGCCUAGUGUGUCUAUGCCGAGUGUGUCCAUGCCGAGUGCGUCCAUGCCGAGUGUUUCCCAUCACAAUCAGCAAGGUAACACAACCCAACUUAAUAAUACUAAUUCCCAAAGAAUGGCACAGAUAAAGAAGUGUCCCAAUGAGUUUUUACACCAGAAUCCACAAAGUGAACGCCAGCUUUUUUACAACGAUGUAGCCAUGCAACUUUAUAACAGUGACUUCAACAAAUUUUCUUCCAAGAAGGAAUUUCAUGGCUACCUGUUAGAGCAGCAGAAGUGGAGAUGGGAUACCCACAGCUACAUAGGAAACCUGGAGACCAGAGUUCACAACUUGCUCAUUAAUCCAAAUAGUGGAGUUGCGCAGAACGUUGCACGCUACCGCAGUGUCCCAAUCAAAUGUAAAAGUGAAGAUGUGAAGCGAUGCGAGGCCACAUCCAAAGAGCUUGAGAACAUGGCAACCCGCAUUGCCAGUGUACGGCAGCAACUGCUACACAAAAAGGGCACCUUGCUGACAUCCAGUGAUAACAGCGUUGUAGUGUGGCAGAAUGAGCUAGCCUACAUAGAACAGCUGUUUGACAGGACUGAUCAGAUGUACAAUGAGGUUUUAUCCACCCUGGCAAGUGUCAACCAGACCUUCUCCCACCUUCAAACAAGCUUCACAACAGAGGCUGCAGAAUUGGCUGAUCGUAGGCGUCUAUGGAGGAGGAGGAAGGAAAACAACCGCAAGAGACGGAAGCGCAUGGAGAAACAACUCGAGAAAAUCGAGCAGCGAUCCUGUGAGCUUCUCUUUCACAUAACGUCCCGGGCAGCGUAUGACCGGGUACGUUCUCACCCGGAGAUGCCUCGUAUUGGACCCAGCGAGGUAAACACAGACAUGUUGAAUGGGAUAAAAUCUAAAUCCGAAGUAAGGCCUCUUAUGCAUCUACUCAGCAAGGGUUAUAUGACACCUGGUGCAAUGGAGAUGGUCUCUCAAAAAAUCCAAAAACUUGAGUGUGGCAUUAAGACUGAAGCUCACCAACAGGCAACCCAGGUUGGUAUCAACUCCCUGGCAAUCAACAAAGUUACAGCACCUGCUUCAGAGUUAAAUUCCAUACUGCCUCCUGUCACUGGCAUUGCCUCUACAGCUAUGGUUUCAACAGUAAACUCGGCUGUCACACAACAAUCAGUGCCCACAGUCAAUCUGAACACUCAAUUAGCAAAGUAAAACACAAUUUUAAAGUAACACAAGAUAAACCACAUUGCCAAGUGUUUUGACAUAGUGUAUGUUGUACUCAAUUGUAACCAGCCUUGUGUAAUGUAUGAGCUUUAUCAUUACAUGGCAAAAUGUAAAUUUAUUAUACAAGUAUUAUGCAGGAAUGUUGCAUCAGUGAAAUCACUAGAUUUUGAAAUCACUUGUUCUUAUCCUAGAUGUAUAUGUACAUUUUACCUGUAAAAAAAUGCAUUCACUUUGAUAUUUUAAGAAUCAUAAUCUUCUUUAUUAUUAGGAUAUAUACUAUAUGUACUAUACGUAGUAUGACUACACUUGGAAAGGACAUAGGUACAACAUUCUUCAUUCUUGUAGGCUGUUAUAAAAUAUAUUGCUUUCAAUAAGUGUUUGAUUACUUGCCUUGCAUAAUCUAUUACUACAUUCAAAUUAUAAGAAUUCCUCCCAUUGCUUUUGUUCUCCAUUGAUUGUUUCUAGGACUAUCCUAGUCCAGUGACUUAAUGGGUGCUUCAUAGGCAUUUAUCAUGGCUCAGUUUUCUUUGAUGCCAUAAGUACAUCUUGCAAGUGAAUUAUAAAAAAGGAUUGAGUAGUUUGGAUGGUUUUAUGUUGGCGUUUCUGUCAUAUUCCUAGAUGGACCAAAAUUUAGAAAUAUGGUAACAACUAUUGUUUACAUAUGUCAGUCACUGACUGGUCAUUAUCUUUAUAUUUUAAGACAGCAAAAUAAAUGAAGUUCUCUUUCUCUCCUAUUUUAAAAACUUGAAGAGAAUAAUGAGUUCUUAGUAUCAGCUAAGACAUUCCUGGUUCUCACAUAAGUAUUACUCUGAUUUUCACUUAGCAUAGCCUGUCCAUAUCAAAGAAUUUUAUAUUGUCAGGCAGAUUUACAUGUUCCCAUGCACCUACCCUAUGCAGCAGGUCAAGAAUGAAUAACUUCAAAGUUCAAAUGUAUUGCUACAAGGCAUUGGUUCCGUGGCAGGAUUUGAAUCCCAUACCUUUUCAGUUUGAAAGCAGAGGCUUUACCCUGACUGGAAUAUGACACCUUUCUUUGCAGCCAGUUCUAAAUUGAUCUCAGACAUAUUACUGAUAUCGCUUCUCACAGUCAGAAUUUAAGAAAAGCAUUUAAUUGAGAUAUAUUCAGUGAGCAAAUUCAUAUCCUGGUUAUCAUGCAAACAGAUUUAUGAAUUAUGUAUGGGAAAUAGAAGAUGAGAUUUAUGUACUAGGCACCUAUUAAAUGUACACUGGCUCAUUUGCAGAAUGCAAGAAGAUAUUACAUGUUGUAUUCAUGUAGAAAUGUAUAUAAAACUGUAUUAUAGUAGACAAAAAAGGUAUCGAGAUGCUUUUAAACAUUUUUUUAAAUACUAUUUUGUCAGUGACUUCUGGUGCUAUUUAUCUUUUAUUGGCUUUUGAGUUUAUCUUUUUUUUAUUGAUUAGAUUGGCCUGUAUUUAAAUUCUUGUUUCACUUAUCCUUUGUUGGCUACUACUAGACAACUCUUGUCGUAACCUACUUUGUAAGCUACAUAAGACAAAAAUGGCUAUUAAUAACACCAUGCCACAUUAUCAAUAUCAAACUGACAGCAUGUUACUUGUUUUCCAUGUUGACCCUUUUGUCAUGCCUUAAUAUGAAGAUAAACCAUUGCAGUUAGCAGCUCAAGACAGCUUUGACAGCCUGAUUGCCAAAUGUGCUCAUAUUAUGAAACAUCUGCUGUUACAGAUUAAUGCCACUAUUGCUACCCAUCUUGUUAACCGCAGAUUUAGACCAUGGUUUGUGGUUUGAGUAAGCCGAGUACAAAAUUCAGGCCAUUGGGUUAAGUGUAUGCCAUGUCAUACAAAUCUUAAAUGCCUUGAAAUACAAGGCUUUUUCAUGACAAAUGUGAAAUGUGAAACCAGUACAAUUGUUAUUUUUAUACUCUUAUUACCAGGGAUUCAAAUCACUGCUUUUUCUAUACCAUACAUGUAACCUUUGCAAAGCUGUGAGUUAAACAAUGAUGUCAAUGACAAGCCUGUUGUGUAUGUUCUGUUUUAAUCAUGUACACUACCAGUCACAAUUCUUUUACUCACUAUUACUUGUUAAAACCAGAGAAUGAUAGAUUCAGUCCACUGAAUCUAUUGCUUUCUUUGUUUUAUGUACAAGAUAAAAUGAGAUGACUAGAAUUAUGAAAUGGAGAACAGAAUAUUGAAGCUUACUAGGCAGUUGCCAUUUAAUUAAACAACAGUUAAAUCUGGUAUGGAAUUAUUUUUCAAGUCAUACCGGUACUUUCAUUGGAUUGGGUGAAAUAUUGUGUUGUUAAACUAUAUUUUCAAUAUGUCUUUUAAGAGAACAAACCUUAAGGUAAUGCACAGGUGAAAUAUUGUUAAUGCUUGUUGUGAUGAAAUAAUCAGAGAUGUUCUAAAUAAUAAUUUAAUAUACAUUUUUUUAAAUUACAGUGGAAGCUACCAGUUUCACUGUAUUGUAGCUCACAUCCAUUUUUGGUGGCAGAAAAUGAGCUUGACAUGAAACUGAUUAAAAAAAGGUCUCAUUAUCUGCCUUGUUAAUGAAGAUAAAAUAGACAGAUCAUCUGAUACAACGAAUUUCAGUGUAUUUCUUAAAUUGAGUGCAAUUUAUAAUUAUUACUUUUGACCUAGGCUAUCCCCCCCCCCCCCAUGAAAAUUACUGUGAUUCAUACUUUCUCUUGGGUAAACAGAACACUCAUCUAUUUUAAUGUACUCCAUUGGUUAUGAGAAUUCCCAGAGCAAGGAAUCUUCCCAUGGCAAAAAGGAAAGAUACUGUUGACCCUAUUUCACCUCUCAUUUGUUUCUUAUAAAUAUUGAUGAGGACACUGCAGGGUCUUAAUUUUACUUAACUUUUGGUCUUCGACCUUGUUAUUUACUAGAAAAAAAAGCAAGCUACUGUAAGAAAUUACUUUUAGAUAUUGAUUUCUAACAAUAUGUCAUUUUUAACCGAAAUAUGAUACAAAUACAGGGACCUGAAGGUUAAUGUAGGUUAAAGGUCAACCAAGGUCGAAUUAAUCGGGUGAGAUACAUGAUUGCUAUCGCUUUGUAAGAAGACAUUUCGUCAACUCUAUGACAUCAGGCUACAACCUUUUUUUGUGUAAAUAAAUACAAUUGAUUACAAAGUGCUGUAAAUUCCUAAAACUAAAAUAAACACAUUUUAUAUGAUA